AUGUCCUCCCCCUUCCGCAUCGUCGAACAUGUCAUACCAAGUCAACACAUCAGGGAAUACCCCGGCGCCACAGCCAACGAACAGGAAGAAUCCCUGCAACUAGCCGUGAAACAAUACAUUCCCCUCGAUAAUCCCAACCCGAGACCAGGCGACGUGACCAUCCUCGCUGCGCACGCGAAUGGCUUCCCCAAGGAGCUGUAUGAACCUCUCUGGGAGGAAAUCCACGCGCGGUCGCAGCAGAAUGGUUUCCGCAUUCGCAGUAUCUGGAUGGCUGAUGUCGCGCAAGAAGGCGAGAGCAGUGUGAUCAAUGAAGACACGCUGGGAAAUGAUCCUAGCUGGUUCGAUCACCCGCGCGAUCUGCUCCAUCUGGUCAAUGUCAAGAGGGCAGAAAUGCCCCGGCCCAUCGUCGGCAUUGGACACAGCAUGGGCGGUGCUCAUCUCACGCAACUCUGCCUAAUGCACCCCCGUCUCAUCCACACCCUAGUCCUCCUAGACCCAGUGAUCCAACGCCAAACAACCCAACUAGACGGCCUAAGCCUGCUCAAGAGCAAGCGCGAAAUAGCCAAAACAACCCAACUAUCCACGCACCGGCGCGAGAUCUGGCCCUCCCGCCAAGCAGCACUAGAAAGCUUCCAACGAAGCCCCUUCUACAAAACCUGGAACCCACGCGUGCUGGACCGCUGGGUAAAAUAUGGUCUCCGGGAUCUCCCAACAGCAAUCCACCCACUGCCCCCAAACGCAGACAAAUCCAAUCCUCCCGUAACCCUCCGCACACCCCUGCAUCAAGAAGUCUUCACCUUCUCCCGCCCCAAUUACACCCACAUCCCAGGCAGCCCAGACCCCGUCAACCGCGUCACACACCCAGAUCUGGACGCCGACCAUCCAGACACAUAUCCAUUCUACAGACCCGAGCCUGCGCGGAUCUUCGCUCAACUCCCGCAUCUGCGUCCGAGUGUACUUUACAUCUUCGCCGGGAAAAGUGAUAUGUGUCUGCCACCUAUGCGGGCUGAUAAGUUGGCUAACACGGGCACUGGGCUUGGGGGCAGUGGAGGUGUUGCAGCUGGGCGGGUUAGGGAUGUUUUCCUGGAGGAGUUUGGGCAUUUGCUUGCUCAAGAAGCUGUGGAUGAGUGUGCUGAUGCUGCUGUUGCUUGGCUUGCUCCUGAGUUGGGACGCUGGAGAGAUGAGGAGGAGCAGUUCCGGGCCGGUUGGGAGCGGAAGUCCAAGAUUGAGAAGGUUACUGUUGAUAAAGAGUGGUUGGACAGGGUCCCUGCCCCUGUUCGGAGGGCUAAGAAGGUUGAGGCGAAGCUUUAA